AUGAAAGCCUCGUUUCAGAGCGACCCGCAGCCCAUCGACAGCCGCGUCCACUCACUGGCCAUACACUCGCCCAACGACUCGCACGACGACAGUACCAUCAGUACCACCAAUAGCUAUGCGGCGCUCACGCCCACCAUCAUCCGCAACGCGUCCAUCGACCUCCAGAACUGGUCACCGAUCAAUACGUUUCGGUUAGAUGUGGGCGACUAUAACGCCAAAUACGACGACAUCCAAGACGUGCAGCGCGUGGCGCCCGACGACUUGGCCUCACAGAUGACGCUCAUUGAUCUGUCCAUUUUCGUGGCCAUUCAGCCCCAGGAGCUCAGCUCCGGCCAGUGGAACGGCACCCGAAAGUACCAGAACUCACCCAAUGUGGUCGCAUUCACGCAACGAUUCAAUCGAGUAAGCUUUUGGGUGAUCCAGGAGAUCCUGUCGCAUAAGACAGCAAAGCACAGGGCAGAGGUGGCAGGUCACUUUCUCAAAGUGGCCAAACGUUUGCUCGAUCUAAACAACUUGCACUCAGCCUUCGCUAUCAAGUCGGCGCUGUCGUCCGCACCCAUACAUCGCCUGUCAAAGACAUGGGAACUAUUAUCGCGAAAAGAUAAGCAAACAUUCAAACUGUUGGACGAUUUGUUUGCUGAUACGGAUAACUUCGAGCGAUUGCGGGACCACUUGAGCUCAACGAAGACCCCAUGCAUUCCAUACCUGGGACUCUAUUUGCAUGACAUUGUGUACGUGGAUGUGGCACACCCUAUGUCCAGAGGCCGACCCACACAGCACUGGAAGAAUAAAAUGGAUUCAAUACUUAGGAUAAUCGCUGAGUUUCAGCGCUCUGUUUAU